AUCAUAUUGCGGGAAAAUGACAAGUAUUCAAGUCUUGAACAACAGUAAACAGAGUUUGAACACUGCACCUCAAGUUAUUUAAUGAAUUAUUGACUUUCAAAUUAGCGGUGGAAACACGAUAAGCUGUAAACAUGUCACACUUUAACUUUGAGAAUAUGUUGAGUGAGGCAACCAGACUUGAUGCACCUUUGCAGCAUGGGCCAAAAAGUCGAUAUGAAAGAAAGGCAAUUGAAUCAUUAUUGAGAGGUCAGAAAGGAUCAGAUUCUAGCACUGGACUUUCGCCAAGACCAAAAUCAAGUGAAAAUUCAGGAAAAGCUGGUAAAACUUUGUCUGUCUCCAAAACACCAGGAAAAUAUGAAAAAAUUUCAAAACAGAAAGGAAAGACGCCAAGCAAAACCCCCAACAAACAAUCAGGACCAGACAGGUUUAUACCAAGUCGGUCUUCUCAAGACAUUGAUCUCAGCCAUUUUGCGAUCAUGAAGGAAAAGGGAGAAAAUGAGGAAAAUGACCCUGACUGGUCCCCAUCUAAAGCCCCUUAUCAAACGCAACUGAACGACGUGCUGAACAAGGGAGAGAAUCCACAGGACACCAAAAUUCUGGCACUACACAACAAAUGUCCAGCAGCCACAGGUCACAACAACAGAAUGAAAGUUUUGUAUUCCUGUCACAAAACAACGGCUCCUAAGUCAACAUCUCGCAAUAUUCCACAGCAACCUGACAGAAUAUUGGACGCACCCGAACUUCUGGAUGACUAUUAUCUGAAUCUCCUUGACUGGUCCACCUCAAAUAUUUUAGCCGUUGCCUUGGGAACUUCAAUCUACCUUUGGAAUGCAACAACAUGUACCAUCUCCCAACUCCUGAAUAUGCAGUCAGAAAAUGAUUAUAUAACAGGGCUGUCCUGGACCCCCGAGGGAGGAAUAUUAGCUGUGGGGACAAAUUCUGGGGCUGUACAGCUGUGGGACACAGAGGCUGAGAAACUCCUGAGACAGAUGACUGGUCAUGCUGCUAGAGUUGGCUCUCUGUCCUGGAAUUCUCACAUUGUCAGCAGUGGAUCAAGAUCUGGAGCCAUUCAUCACCACGACGUACGUGUUCCUGAACAUCAUGUCGGCUCUUUGAUCGAGCACACCCAGGAAAUUUGUGGCUUAACGUGGUCACCAGAUGGGCGCCACUUGGCGAGCGGAGGCAAUGAUAAUGUGGUCAAUGUAUGGGACACCACCUUAGCUUUGGAGGGUGUUGUACCUCUUCAGACAUUCACACAUCAUCUUGCGGCAGUAAAGGCUUUAGCAUGGUGUCCCUGGAACCCUGUGUUGUUGGCCUCUGGAGGAGGAACUGCAGACCGUCACAUCAGACUGUGGAACAUCUCUAAUGGGGCGUGUGUUAAUGCUAUAGACACAAACUCACAGGUGUGUUCUAUACUGUGGUCCAGUGAGUACAAAGAAAUGAUCUCAGGUCACGGCUACUCCCAGAACCAGCUGACCAUAUGGAAGUACCCUCAGAUGAACAGAAUUGCUGAACUCACAGGACAUGAGGCCCGAGUACUGAGCCUCACCAUGUCUCCCUGUGGGUCCACGGUGGCUAGUGCUGCUGCUGACGAGACCAUCAGAUUGUGGAAAUGUUUCGUCAAGGACAAAGAGAAGGUCAAGAAGACUGCUCAGACCAAAUCUGUCAAGGAGACAUUCUCCCUGCCCUCCAGCAUACGAUAAUUUUGAAGAGCUGCGGGAACGUACAGGAAAUAUAGCGAAGUUGACGUCAGAGGUAUGGAAGGUCAAAGGUCAAGGUCACAGAAUUUGAUCCAAGUCAGUAAAAGGAUGAGCUUUAAUUGCUGUUGAUGAUAAAGCGACUGUAAAUAUGUUUUGAAAGAGUCAAACUAAGAUGCUUUUGUCAAAGUUGGCUGUCAAAUAAUUGCAAGUAAGGCAAGCAGAUGAUCAUGAAAGUUCUCUAUUGCUUGCCUGCAGAUGUGUGUGUAUUGAUCAUGUAUAUGCUGGA